UACUGGCAACAUUGGAUACUUGUCAUUUGUUGAUUUAUUUAUCGAUACUUUUAAUUUUAUUUAUCUGAAAAUAAAUAGGAUUAUUUUUUAGAUUUAGGGUGAUAUUUGAUCAAAUAAAAUAGGUACUACAGGUGCAAAUGGCAUCAAGUGAAGUUACGAAACUUCAGCAGCAUCUAGCACUGCUUAAGGAGGAAUAUGGAAAGUUGCAGAGUCAUUGUGCUGAAGUGGAAAGGAAGUACACGCUGGCGGCAGCUUCCGCCGGUGAUUUAAGUGAAACCAGCUUUGUAGCAAGGCUGCUUAUGACUGUAUCAUCGUUAUAUGGAAGAGAGACAUAUUCUGAUAUUUCUAUUAAACUUCAAAGUAAGUCUAUGCCAGGACAUAAAUUUGUCCUGAAUGCACGGUCGGAUGAUUGGAAUGAAGAUGCCUUGAAAAAUCAUACAGAACUUGACUGGUCAUCUUUGCCAGACGAUGUUGGUGCUGCUCUCCUUAAAUGGUUAUAUACAGACCUUGUAGAUCUCUCCCGAGGAGAAUUAUUUGCCCUUCAGUUGAUGAAAUCGGCAGCCAGCUUUAAAUUGUAUGGUCUUGUUGGAAAGUGUGAACAGGCAUUAAUUGCAUCUGUUGGUGUAAGAACUUGUGUGAAAUUUUAUUCAGCUGCAGAUGAAAUAGCAGCAACAGCUCUUAAGGAGCACUGCUCUGGCCUUAUUUCUGCACAUUGGGAUGACCUCACAGGCGAAGACUUCGCCCACAUGUCGUCAGCCCUCCUCUACCGUAUGUUGAAGAGUAAAACACCACAACCGUUGCAUGGCGCUGUUCGGUUGUUAAGGGAAGACGUUGUAUUCUUAUGCCUCGUGGAAAACCACGCAAAUUUAACAGAUAUUGUCAACGCCAUGUCCUCCCGGGGUGAACUACCACUGGAGCUGGCGUUACGUGGACGUAGUGCCUCCAUUGCCACAACGCUGCUACAGCAUUGCGCCGACGCAGAUGCAAGAGGGCCCAGAGGAAGGACCCUGCUGCACAGAGCCGUUGACGCAAGGGACGCGUUUUCAGCCAAAUUUUUGGUAGAGAAUGGUGCGGAUCCAAAUCUAUCGACGAAAGAAGAAGGCGAUACAGUACUGCAUCUUAUAGCUGGUCUAACUGCAAGUUCCUGCGAUCCGGAGACAAUGGAACAAAUGGUGGAGAUCGCUGCUAUCGUUGUUCAGAAAGGCAUAGAUAUAAAUCGGCAAAAUAGAAAAGGAUUUACACCUCUCCAUCAAGCGGUAAUAGCAAGAAGUCAGCAAAUAUUCGACCUCCUUCUAAAACAAUCCAACCUAGAUACAAACUUAAGAACGAUCUCUGAUGAACACCCACCUCUAUACUAUGCAUUGGUAGACGAUCGGCGUGCGUCUAUAUCUUCUAGUGAAACACUGGUCAUGAACGGCUCAAAUCCUUUCGAUACGCCUGUCACAAACAAAAAUGCGUUUACGGAGGACCCGGUGGAGGGUAAGACUGAUAUUAUUGAGAGAGGUUUUGCUGCGAAGUUGUUAGAGAAAGGGUGUCAGCCGAAUCCUUUGUACUCGAAUACCGGAGAUAGUCUGCUGCAUAUUUUAGCCCAGGGAUGGUUUGAGGAAUCGGCAGUAUUUCUAGCAUCUAACCUAAAUGGUGACCUGAACCAUACAAACGAGGCUGGUCUGACAGCCUUGCAUGCAGCGUGUGCAAAUGGAUUAACUAGAUUAACCGCUACAUUAUUAGAAAAUGGUGCCAGACCCAAUUUACAGACUGCCUAUGGAGAGCACGAGGAUACAGUGUACAGACAGACUCCGUUACAUCUGGCGGUACUUAAUAACCACGAAGGUUGUGUUCUAGCUAUCAUAGAUCACAAAAAGUCACUAGAGAAGGAAGAUUCCUCAUCAGACCGCUCUAGUGCUAUACCAAAUCUGAAUUUGAAGAAUUCUGAAGGGUACACGCCGAUUAGUCUUGCGCUCACAGAAGGUCACAAACAUUUAGUAGGACCAUUGAUAGAAGGUGGCGCGGACCCCAACAUACGAAAUGGAAAAGGAUUCACAUUACUUCACCAAGCUAUUGUUGAAGAGGACUCUAGAACUGCAAUUUACUUACUCGACCACGGUGCUGAUAUGAAUAUGCUAACUGACGCAGGAGAAACCCCACUUCAACUGGCUAUCCACUGUCGCCUAGGCUUAGUGGUGGAAGCAUUAUGCGUACGCGGAGUUGACAUGAGCAAACUCGACGCUAACGGAGUACCUCCUCUUUGGGCCGCACUCGAUUCGGGACAGGAGGAAGUUGCUAGUAUUCUCGUCAGAAACGGCGCAGAUGCUGACUGUUGGGGCCCUGGUCCUGAUGGCUGCAUACAAACACUACUGCAUAAGGCCAUAGACGAAAACAAAGAGAAUCUAGCAACUUUCCUCAUCCGUUCCGGAUGUGACGUAGAAUCGCCGCGAAGAGCUGGUCCAUCCGGCGAGGGCUCAGACGUCGCAGCGGACAAACAUACACCUCUUCAUCUAUGUUGUACUUGGGGACUUACUGAUGUCAUACAGACGCUCCUAGAGCAUGGCGCGAACAUUAACUCCAAAGACGCUGAAGGCAAGACCCCUCUACACAUUGCUAUUGAGAACCAGCACGCCGGAAUAAUAUCCCUUCUCCUAUCGCAACCUGGAGUAGAUUUAUCAGCGAGGGACAAUCGGGGAGUCACUCCCUUCGCAGCGGCUCUCACUGCGAGGAAUAAUAAGGCGGCUCAAGCCAUUUUGGAGAAAAAUCCCUCAGCGGCCGAACAGGUUGAUAAAAAAGGCCGGAACUUCCUACACGUCGCAAUCCAGAAAUGCGAUAUGGAGAGUUUGAUGUUUUUACUUUCGGUGAAGGUAGAUGUCAACUCGCGGAUUCAAGAUGCGACACUAGCGCCGCCAUUACAUCUUGCGGCUGCAUCGGGAAAUGAAGCCCUUUUGAGAACUCUACUUUUGGCUGGAGCAAGGCCUAACGAUAGAGAUGCGCAUAAGCGUACGGCAUUGCACGUAGCAGCGGGCACGGGUGGGACCUCCCAAGCGGCGAUAGUAUCCGCUCUGAUAAGCGAUGGAGCUGAAGUAGGCGCUGUUGAUGCGGCGGGAGAUAACGCAUUGCACGUGUGUGCUCGCGAGGGUCACGCCCCCGUUGCACGAGCUUUACUAGCGGAUAGUGAUAUUGAUGCUGCUGCUACUAACCUUAAAGGUCGCAAUCCUCUUCAUGAGCUGUGUUGGUGUAAAAAAGAUAAUGCUGCAACUAUAUGUGAAACAUUCCUAGAGUUUAUGCCGGACUUUCCAAUCAAUAGGACAGACUUACAGGGCAAUACUCCAUUACUAUUGGCGUAUAUGAAUGGACAGGCUGCCAUGUGUAGGGUUUUAGUCAAAGCUGGAGCCUGCCUGGCGCACGAAAAUAAAGAGGGCGUCUCUAUAUUUAAUUAUCAGGUAGCGACAAGACAGCUUCUCCACAGAUUGUUAGACGCAUUGCCCGCUGAAGCGCCAUGGGCGGAAAGCGAUCUAUGUCAAGAGUGCGGUACUAAAUUCACGCUGACUAUGAGAAAACAUCAUUGUCGUCACUGCGGCCGAAUGUUGUGUAAUAAAUGUUCCAGUCAAGAUAUUCCCAUAUUAAAGUUCGGAAUGAAUAAACCACAACGGGUUUGCGAAAUAUGUUUUAAUGUCCUACAAGUUGGUGCCAGUUAGAGUAAGCUAGAAAGAGUUACGGCCCUACGUAGAUACAAUGCCUUUAGGAUUCGGAUUCUUUCAAUUGCAGGAUUUCUUUUCCCAAAAAUAAAAAAUAUUAAUAUAAUUUAAUAUAAAUAUAUUAU